CGGGUCGGUCGUAUUUGACGGCGGCACCACCACAGUAGAACAACGUUAAACAGCAGCAAUGCCUGUAGGCGGUUAUUUUAAACGGACCACUCGCUUUUGGAUCGUUACUAUAUCGGUUUCAUUUGGGUUCUUUACUCUGUUGGUGUUUACACCUGAUGUCAUCCCGUUGGAUUGCCUCGGGCCGCUUGGCAGCUUGUGCAGACACUUGUUGUAUUACCAUGCUGACCUGCUGUACUUAGGGUGGUGUGCAGCCGUUGCUAUUCAUGCCUUGGAAGCUGCUUACGCUUUUAAGCUGUGCAGAGACAAAGGCAUCAACCAACAGGCCAUUCGCUGGCGGUGGGUCGGCCAGACGUUCCUGUUCGGCUACGCCUCGCUCAACCUGCUCAUUAAGUACAACCCAAGGCGCCAAAAAAGGUACUGAAUGCAGCCGGCGGAGCCUCCAGAGCGAAACAGCUGAACAUUCCUGGUGCCUUUUCCCCCUACGAUGAGGGAAAACUGAUGAUAAAAACACUAGAAAUUGAAUAAGUGUCUGUUGUAACCUUUAAUUCACUGGUGCAUACAUUUAAACUACAUUCCAUUUAUUUUCUAGGUAGAAAAGCUGGAGAAAAUGUUAGAAUUGAUGUUAAAUUAAUAAUAUUGUUGAUAGGAGUUGUUUAAUUAAUUAAUCUGCCUUCAGAUAGAUUUUAUGUGCAAUACAACAGGAGUCCUGAAUCAAUUACUCUGUGCUCUAAUGAUAUUUACAACAAGCCUGCGAGGUUGCAAUAGAGAAUCCUCCGCUGCUGCUGAGUCGUAACGUCAGGCACAGGUACGCUGCUGUCGACUCGACAGAAGAUUUUAAAAAAUAAGAGAUAUUUUCAUAUUUAUCUCUGUCACUCUACGGCGCUCUUGCUUCCUGUCGAGGAUGCUGAAAGUCUUCAAUAAAGAGAAUUUGCAAACUGG